UAACCACUUUCUAAGACCUAAAAUAUGCCACAAAACUUCAAUUUCUUUGCCCAAAUUUCUUAUCAGAUUUUUGGGUUCAAUAUUUUCAUCUGCUUUCUUUGGAUUUCCUGCUUCAGUUUCGAUUCAGGAUGACUAUCCUCAUUGAGCAGCCUGAGUUUGUGAUAGGAGUUGAAGUUGAAAUUGAAGCAGGGGAGAGAAAGGUGUUAAAUGAUGAAAAGGAAUUGGUCUUAGAUGCUGGAUUUGUGGUGCCACAUGCCAAUUCAUUUGGACAAACAUUUAGGGAUUAUGAUGCAGAAGGAGAGAGACAACCAAGUGUGGAGAAUUUCUACCAGAUCAAUCACAUCAAUCAGACUUAUGAUUUUGUGCAGAGAAUGAGAAAUGAGUAUAGCAAAUUGAACAGAGUGGAGAUGAGCAUUUGGGAAUGCUGUGAACUUCUCAACGAGGUUGUCGACGAGAGCGAUCCCGACUUGGACGAGCCUCAAAUCGAGCACUUGUUGCAAACAGCUGAAGCCAUUAGGAAGGACUAUCCUAAUGAAGAUUGGCUGCACUUGACUGGCCUCAUCCAUGACCUUGGAAAAGUGCUUCUUCUUCCUAGCUUUGGGGAGCUUCCUCAAUGGGCAGUUGUCGGUGAUACAUUCCCAGUUGGCUGUGCUUUUGAUCAAUCCAAUGUUCAUCACAAGUACUUUGCGGAAAAUCCUGACUACUAUAAUCCUACUUACAACACUAAGUAUGGAGUUUACUCGGAGGGAUGUGGACUCGAAAAUGUUAUGAUGUCGUGGGGGCACGAUGAUUACAUGUAUUUGGUGGCCACAGAGAACAAAUCAACUCUGCCUUCAGCAGCUCUGUUUAUCAUUAGAUACCACUCAUUCUAUGCCUUACAUAAGGCGGGAGCGUAUAAGCACUUAAUGAACGAAGAGGAUGUCGAAAACCUGAAAUGGCUCCGUGUAUUCAACAAGUACGACCUUUACAGCAAGAGCAAGAUACGGGUUGACGUUGAGAAGGUGAAGCCAUACUAUAUUUCUCUCAUUGAAAAGUACUUCCCUUCGAAGCUAAGAUGGUGAAUAUCCCAGCUCUUCCGUUCAAUGUGUAACGAGUGUCGACUAUAUACCAGCAGAUAGCGAGCGAGCUAUACGCGAGGGAUGACAUUUCGAUUUGUAGCUGCAAUUCCUUGUCAUUUCAUAAUGAUUUCGUGUAAAAUUAUCUGUUAUGUAUGGUGUAUCGGAACCCUUUUCUUGGUUCCUUAAUAAAACUCCAGCAUGAUUAAAAGUAAAAACUAGUGUGGAUGCAAA